GUACUGACCCUGAGAAUCCUGAAGACGUGCCUUUACUGCCAAUAACUAAAGUCCCUGUGACGGAGGAACCACUGACCGCGGCACAGAAGAUCAGGAAAAGAACGGAAUCCAGGAUACAGUCGUUGACUGAAGACAUGGUGGAUACAGCAGCCCUGCAGAAGGUGACAGACAAGCUGGACAGAGGAGCAACAUGGGUAACAAUCAAGGGAAGACCAGGAGAGGGGAAGUCUACAAUAGCCUACAUGACCCUCAAAGAUCAGCACCUUCACGGGAAACAAGUUUAUCAGGUGGUGUCACCAGAAGAGUUCAAUGAGGUAAUAACUGCCUGUGCUGAUCCUGUCAUUAUGUUAGAUGACAUAUUCGGUGAUCUGGAAUUUGAUGCAGCAGAGUGGGCCAAGUGGAGACCAAGUCUACAACCUUUUGUGGAUGUGAACAAUUCUGACACAUAUACUGAACAAAAGCCGAGAGACAAGUCCGCUGAAAUUCCAACAUCUUUAGAGAGAACUAAAGAUGAACAAACACAUGUAAAAAGAACAGGACCAAACAAAGGCAAAGCUAUCAGUAUUCUCGUUGGCCGGGAUUAUGUGCUGAAAUCCGCAUUGCCAGAUUUAGGAAGGCUGGCAGAUUACAUAUCCAGUCCCCAAUACGUCGUUGAAGUCACUUCACAGAGAGACAUAGAUGAGCGCAAGAAGAUAUGGCAUGUUCAUGCCAAAACAAAACACAUAGACUUUGAUGAGCCAACUGUGUCUCGGAUAUGUCAGGCUGACUGUCCACACGGCUUUCCCCAUGUCUGUAAAAUGUUUGUCACAGAAUAUGAACAUGGUCAGACUCAAGAUCAAGCGGUGGCUUUCUUUCAAUCACCUCUUAAAUUCCUCAUGAACACCAUGGAAAAGUUUCUUCAGGAUGAGAUAAAGCGUUCACUGUUCAUGGCUAUGAUUAAAAGAGAUGGGAAGAUUAGUGGACAAGAGUUGGAGGAGGAUGUUAUCUAUGGGUAUAAAUGCAUAACAGCUGCUGAUGAUUUGGUUGGUUCUUAUCUCAAGAAAGAAGAUGGCACAUACGUGUUUAAUCAUCCAUCUGUAUACGACAGUGUUGCUUUUAUUCUCAGUACAAAACAAACAUUGUUUGUCAUCAAGAAUUGUAGUUUGACAUUCAUCCAUCAGCGAAUUUGUCUUAAACCGUCCUCAAAUUCAGGGGAAAACGUUGCUGGUGAGACAGAUCUUGUUGCAAACAUCCCGUGGACCUGUGCUGGAGAUUUAGCAAGAAGAUUUGCAACUGAAAUUGAAAGGAGCAAUUUGUUGCAUGUUUUAUCACACCAGGCAUGUUGUAUAGCAGAGUUCGUUGAGGUGCUGAUGGGCUGCGUGAAGAAACAAGGUCACAUGUCUGUUCCCGAUAUUCUGAAACUAAAUGAUAAGUCUUCAGAACAGUCAUUAUGUGAAUUACUUCCUAGCAACAAGUCAUUUCAUCUCAUCAAAUUCAUUAUGGAGAAAGAAAACGUAUCAUUCAACCAGAGUGAAAUAAGGGACAUUUUACAUGGAGUGUGCAUGAAUGCUGCUUGUAGUGUACUGACCUAUAUCAGUGAGCACAUGAAGCUUGACAUUAAUGGUAGAUAUGGUUGGGAGAGGCAAACUCCACUUAUGUUAGCAGCACAAACACGGGACAGUGAGUUUGUUAAUCACAUUCUGUCCCUUGCCCCUGAUAUGUAUGCAAGAGACCACCUAGGUCAAACUGUCUUUCAUUACCUUUGCCAAUAUGGCCUUACAUCAGCUGUGGAAUCUACGAUAAACAUGGGCGUGGAUGUUAACAAGCAUUAUAUGCCAUCAGACAAAGCCAGCUUUUACAGUGGGCAUAAAUUAUAUGUUAACAACCUCCCUCUAUACCGUGCCAUAGAACGUGGCCACGUAGAGGUGGUGCAACUGCUGGUGAGAAGAGGAUGUGAAGUAGACAACCAGGAAGGUCUUAGAUGUGCUUGUAAGGGCCUCAACAUGGACAUGGUGCAGUUAUUCUUAGACAGAAGAGCACAGGUCGACAGUGAUGCUGUGUUUAAUGCUUGUGAGGCUGGGGACUUAAGCAUUAUCAGUACGUUGUUUGACCUGGGUGCUACUGUUAACAUGGCGUCAUCUGACGGAUAUACUCUUCUUCACAGCUCAUUUCGAUACAAUCCUAAGGUUGUCUUGUUUUUACUAGGGAAAGGAGCAAGUGUGAACCAUUGUUCAAAUGUUACAGGUGACACACCACUUCACACAGCAGCAACGUGGACGUCUACAAAGUGUGUUGAUAUGUUGCUGAAGGCUGGGGCUGAUGUGAAUGUACAGAAUAAUACAGGUGACACACCACUUCACACAGCAGCAAUACGGGGAUCUACAGGGUAUGUUGAUAUGUUGCUGAAGGCUGGGGCUGAUGUGAAUGUACAGAAUAAUGCAGGUGACACACCACUUCAUACAGCAGCAGGACAGGGAUCUACAGAGUGUGUUGAUAUGUUGCUGAAGGCUGGUGCUGAUGUGAAGGUACAGAAUAAUACAGGUGACACACCACUUCAUACAGCAGCAGGACGGGGAUCUACAGAGUGUGUUGAUAUGUUGCUGAAGGCUGGGGCUGAUGUGAAGGUACAGAAUAAUACAGGUGACACACCACUUCAUACAGCAGCAGGACGGGGAUCUACAGGGUAUGUUGAUAUGUUGCUGAAGGCUGGGGCUGAUGUGAAUGUACAGAAUAAUACAGGUGACACACCACUUCAUAGAGCAGCAGCUUCAUUGUGGGGAUCUACUGAAUGUGUUGAUAUGUUGCUGAAGGCUGGGGCUGAUGUGAAGGUACAGAAUAAUGCAGGUGACACACCACUUCAUAAUGCAGCAGCAGCUUCAUUGUGGGGAUCUACAGAGUGUGUUGAUAUGUUGCUGAAGGCUGGGGCUGAUGUGAAGGUACAGAAUAAUGCAGGUGACACACCACUUCAUAAAGCAGCAGCUUCAUUGUGGGGAUCUACAGAGUGUGUUGAUAUGUUGCUGAAGGCUGGGGCUGAUGUGAAUGUACAGAAUAAUGCAGGUGACACACCACUUCAUAAUGCAGCAGCAGCAGGACGGGGAUCUACAAAGUGUGUCGAUAUGUUGCUGAAGGCUGGGGUUGAUGUGAAAGUACAGACUAAUACCGGUGACACACCACUUCAUAAAGCAGCAGGACAGGGAUCUACAGAGUGUGUUGAUAUGUUGCUGAAGGCUGGGGCUGAUGUGAAUGUACAGAAUAAUGCAGGUGACACACCACUUCAUAAUGCAGCAGCAGCAGGACGGGGAUCUACAAAGUGUGUCGAUAUGUUGCUGAAGGCUGGGGCUGAUGUGAAGGUACAGAAUAAUACAGGUGACACACCACUUCAUAAAGCAGCAGGACAGGGAUCUACAGCGUGUGUUGAUAUGUUGCUGAAGGCUGGGGCUGAUGUGAACGUACAGAAUAAUACAGGUGACACACCACUUCAAAAUGCAGCAGCAGCAGGACGGGGAUCUACAAAGGGUGUUGAUAUGUUGCUGAAGGCUGGUGCUGAUGUGAAUGUACAGAAUAAUACAGGUGACACACCACUUCAUAAAGCAGCAGGACAGGGAUCUACAGCGUGUGUUGAUAUGUUGCUGAAGGCUGGGGCUGAUGUGAAUGUACAGAAUAAUACAGGUGACACACCACUUCAUAAAGCAGCAGAACGGGGAUCUACAGAGUGUGUUGAUAUGUUGCUGAAGGCUGGGGCUGAUGUGAAGGUACAGAAUAAUACAGGUGACACACCACUUCAUAAAGCAGCAGGACAGGGAUCUACAGAGUGUGUUGAUAUGUUGCUGAAGGCUGGGGCUGAUGUGAAGGUACAGAAUAAUACAGGUGACACACCACUACAUAAAGCAGCAGGACAGGGAUCUACAGAGUGUGUUGAUAUGUUGCUGAAGGCUGGUGCUGAUGUGAAGGUACAGAAUAAUACAGGUGACACACCACUUCAUACAGCAGCAGGACGAGGAUCUACAGAGUGUGUUGAUAUGUUGCUGAAGACUGGGGCUGAUGUGAAUGUACAGAAUAAUACCGGUGACACACCACUUCAUAAAGCAGCAGGACAGUGAUCUACAUAGUGUGUU